AUGACAGAAAAUUUUCCAUCACCAUUCGCCUGCCUUCAUUUACAAAAUAAAACAGUUUUUAUAAAAAAAGGAAGUUUUUUUCUCCAAGGACAUGAACAUUACAAUGUCCAAUUGAAAAAUGAACUUCUACGACUUCAGCAAAAAGAUUUGACAACGAGAAACGCAAUAAAUUGUUUAAGAUUGGAAGUCUCAAAUUAUUCGAUUUUGAUCGGAAUUUGGAAGACUUUGGAUCGAUUAAAAUCAAAUCCAACACCCAACUCUGUGGAUAUCAGGAAAAAAAAUUAUCAAGCUUUUAAUAGUCAAUAA